GUGAAUUAUAAAGCAUGCCCUCAUCCAAAGCAGCCUCACCUUCUUGAACUGAUAUACGGAUAGUGCAAAAUGCUCCGUACACUGUUGUUAAUUACCUUUGCCCUCAGUGCUUCCUGUGCAGCCACGAGUGUGAGUCAUGGUGGUCAUGAUGAAAAAUGCCCGAUCCUCAUCAAAGUUCUGGAUGCUGUCAAUGGUACGCCAGCCGCAAACCUGCGCAUUGAAAUGCUGAGGCAAAAUGAUGAUCAAACCUGGCACCAGCUCAACACUGCGGUCACGGGAGGAAAUGGAGAAGUCCACAAUCUUACUUCCGAGGAGCACCUUUCAGCCGGUCUGUACAAGGUCCACUUUGAGACUGGUGCCUACUGGAGGAGCAGAGGAUUCACCCACUUCCAUGAAUGUGCUGAUGUGGUUUUCCGUGUGCCCAGCGCAAGUCAUGACCACUACACCCUUGCAGUUCUCCUGAGUCCCUACUCCUACUCCACAACAGGACUGAUCAGAAACCCACAUUAAACCGAGUACGUGGCACCCGAUAAAAGCUGCUCACUCUCCACGUCUGGAGAGAGCAAAAUGCAUGGAAACAAUUCCUAAAUUAACAAGGUCAACAUUUUGAUCUGUGCAAACAAAAUUAAGUUAAAAUUUCAGCUUAAAUUUCAAUUAUUUGUAUCUGAUCAUAAACUGUAAUUAAAACACUGCUUAGUUCAAAAUUUUAAACUGUUAAGAGAAGCCUGUAACACUGAUUUUUGUACUUCUUGACAGGCUGGAUGUUUUUGAAUGCUUUUCUCUUCAGCUUAUGUUAUUCCUUAACUCUGUAGAGAUCCAUAAGGGAGUUUUUCUUUAGUAAUUAUUGACAAGUUGUUCUUGUUCCUUAAAAGGUACAUAGUUUGUUUUUAAAACUUCUGCCACUAUUACAUUUGCUCAUUUUACCAUGGGCACUGACCUAAAUUGCCUGCAUAAAAUCUGCAACCUA